AUGGAGAGGCUUUUGCAACCAUCUUCUUCUUCUUCCACGAUCUCUCCUUCCAAAUUCCCUCUGAGGACUUCUCAUUUCUGUCCUCGUCUCCGCUCAUCGAGCGUGGGCUUUGUCUCCUCGCACCGGCCCGAGUCACGCCGAGUCAGUUCAAUUUCCUGCAACAAUCUCCACCAGAAUCAAUCCGCUUCUACGCCUAUUGGGUCUAAUAAGUCUCACAAUUCCUUUAAUGGGUCUGCUCAAUUGUCUCCCGAAACUGAGGAAUCGAAACCUAAUCUCGGAUUUCUCCAACGGAUCGCGACCACGGUUUCUGAGCAGCGAAAGCCAUUAUCAACUGGAACGGUGAUACUAAUCUCAGCAGUAGCGGCGCUUUUGCUUAACCCGCUUCUUGCACCACCAGCUUUCGCUAGCUUUCAAACCGCAGCUAAAUCCGGUUGGCUAACAAGCGCCUGGACCGGUUUCCUUGCUGGUUGCUUACACACGCUCUCAGGACCUGAUCACCUCGCUGCUUUAGCUCCGCUUUCAAUAGGACGCACCAAGAUGGAGAGUGCUGCUGUUGGGGCUCUCUGGGGAUGUGGACACGACGCUGGUCAAGUCAUCUUCGGUUUACUGUUUCUUCUCCUCAAAGACCGGCUCCACAUCGAGGUUCUGCGAACUUGGGGGACACGAGUUGUUGGAUUGACGCUUGUCAUCAUCGGUGCAAUGGGAAUCAAAGAAGCUUCUGAAGCUUCGGAGCCCUGUGUGGCCUUGGAAACCGACGUCAGCGGCAUGGUGCCGGCGGGAGAGAAACAAGCCUUGCCGCAGACGAAGAAGAAGAAGAUCGGUUUUGCCACGUUUGCAACUGGAGUGGUUCACGGGCUACAACCGGAUGCUCUGUUGAUUGUUUUGCCUGCAUUGGCUCUGCCGUCUCGGUUAGCAGGGUCUGCGUUUCUGAUAAUGUUUCUGGUUGGGACUGUUAUCGCGAUGGGAAGCUACACGGCGUUUAUUGGGUCGUGUAGUGAGGCGUUGAAAGAGAAGGUUCCGAGGAUCACAGAGAAGUUGACUUGGGUUUCGUCUCUUGUGGCUAUUGGUCUUGGUUUGGGAAUUGUCAUCAGCCCUUUCUUUGGUUUUAACCUCUACUGA